AACCAACAUCCAUAACCGUUAGUGACCAACUGCUGAGCCACUGAAACAAGCCUUAUCCCUUAAGGCCCUGCCGCAGGCCUUUGACGACCGCAAAGAUGGAAGUCUUCUUUUAGACGGGAAUGCUUCACUUCCAGGGACAACACAGCACCGAGAACACCAAGACGGCUAUGAUUGCAAUUGCGCCCAUCCAUCCCGGGUGAUCCAAAGCCAUCGACAUGUUCGCCAACGCGCUCAAGUCGAUUUCUGCCACCAAUAUCUCGGCCAACUACACCAUUUCGCCCAACCUCACUUCGAUCGCAGGCCCCUGGAAGAUCUACCCGGCCAAGAACAAGAAGACAGGCAAGGAAUGCUCCGUCUUUGUCUUUGAGCGAAAAUCGCUCGAUGCCCACAGCAGUAGCGUGGGCCGGUCCGGCGCCGCCGCAUACAAGAAGACGGUCGACGAGGUAAUCGAGCGGCUCAAGAAGGAGGCCUCGGCUCUUGCUCGGUUGCGGCACCCGAGCAUCCUGGAGCUUGUGGAACCGGUCGAGGAAACGCGCGGUGGUGGGUUGCAGUUCGUCGCCGAGGCAGUCACGGCCUCGCUCUCUGGCCUCCUGCAAGAGAAGGACGAUCGGGAAAGGGGCGGCGGCGUCGGCGGCCGGGCGAGUCGCUAUGUGACUGAGGAUGCUGAUGGAACCCGGCGGAGGCGGGAGUUGGAGAUUGACGAACUUGAGAUACAGAAGGGCCUGUUACAAGUGAGCAAGGCGCUCGAGUUCUUGCAUGAGAACGCUGGGCUCGUUCAUUGCAACCUGACGCCAGACGCCAUCCUUGUCAAUGCUAAGUCGGACUGGAAGCUGAGCGGUCUCGCCUUCUGUAGCCCGCCCGAGCCCUCGACUACUCGGACGUCGAUUCAGCCAAUUAGCCUCUCCGAAGUUUUGAAUCCCGAUCCCAGACUCCCGAAGUCGGUCCAGUUGAAUCUAGACUACACGUCUCCCGAUUUCGUCCUGGACAAGAACUUGACGCCGUCAGCAGACAUGUUUAGCCUCGGCAUUCUUUGCGUGUCCUUGUAUAAUUCUCCGCACAAAUCGCCGCUGGAAUGCAACGCCAGCCUGUCUGCCUAUAAGCGCUUCUUCCAGUCCUCGCAAAGCAUCCCUACAUCGACCAACAACUUCCUCUCGUCGCGCCCGCUGCCCAAAGAUCUCGCCAGUCAUGUGCUUCCCAGGCUCAUCACGCGCCGGCCGGCGCAACGUAUGACGGCCAGAGAGUUUCAGCAAAGCGAAUUCUUUGACAACAUCCUCGUGUCGACCAUCCGUUUCCUCGACACCUUCCCCGCCAAGACGCCUAACGAAAAGUCGCAGUUUCUCAGGGGGCUUAUCAAAGUGCUGCCGUCGUUCCCUAAAUCCGUCAUGGAGAAAAAACUACUUCCAGCCUUGCUCGAAGAGCUGAAGGAUAAGGAGCUCAUAUCUCUGAUUCUGCACAACGUCUUCAAAAUCAUCGAACUCCUGCCGUCGGGGAAGAGAGCAUUUGGCGACAAAGUGCGGCCUAGCUUAAAGGAAAUCUUCGUGACCAACGCAAAACAGUCCCAAGAGAAAGACCCAGCGCGCGAUGCUGGCUUGAUGAUUUUCAUUGAACAGCUCCCCGUAAUUGGGGACAACUGCCCCGGCAAGGAGUUCAAGGAUGAUAUUCUACCCAUUAUCUUCAAUGCCCUGGAGUCCCAGACCCCUUCUCUCGUAGAUGCGGCGCUAAGAAGUAUCCCAACCAUUUUGCCUAUGCUAGAUUUCAGCACCAUAAAAAACGAGUUAUUUCCGGUAAUCGCAGCCAUCUUCAGCAAAACCAGUAGUCUCGCCAUCAAAGUCAGGGGCCUACAAGCCUUUGUCACACUAUGCGGAGGCUCCAACGAUCCAGGGGCUGAUGACGGGCUCGACGGGCUUGGGCCGCAAAAGAGGAAGGCCACGUCGUCCACUGCGCUGGAUAAGUACACCAUGCAAGAAAAAAUCGUACCACUGAUUAAGGCGAUCAAAACGAAAGAGCCGGCUGUCAUGAUGGCGGCACUCAAUGUUCUUCAAGUUGUUGGCAAGGUUGCCGAUGCCGAUUUUGUGGCCAUGGAUAUUCUCCCCAUCCUCUGGACCAUGAGUCUCGGUCCUCUUCUGGAUCUCAAGCAGUUUCAACAGUUCAUGGAACUCAUCAAGAGCCUUUCAAACAGGGUUGAAGAGGAGCAAACGAAGAAGUUGCAAGAGCUGUCGGGUGCCCACCCUUCACCUGCCGUCAAAGACGAUUUCAUGUCGUUCGGUGCUCUCGGUGGUACCUCGCUCGAGGCAAACGGGGCCAGCGAAACAGACUUUGAGCAGCUGGUUAAAGGACGAUCCGGCGGUGCGACUGGCAAUGCCAUGGACUCUUCUGGAUGGGACACCAUGGCGUCAAGCUCAAGCGUCAACUCUCCUUCUUCGAAUACCAGGACUUCCACCCCUACCGCCACCUUCUCAUGGUCCACACCUCCCGCGGCCUCACACACGGGCGCGACAAAUCAAUUCGGCGCAGUCAAAGCCCAACAGCCGGGUGCCUUCAGAACUGUCACGCCCGAUUUGGCACAAUUCCAGCCUAUCGUUCCGACCGCCACGCAGUUCUCUAAUCCCCUGCAGCCGACGCCGAAGCCUGCCGGCAGCAGCACGUCGCCAAGCCCGCAAGCGACGACAACAUCGACCUCUAUCAACUGGGGUGCUACAGCCAAUAGUAACAACGGCAACAACCUGUGGUCAUUACCCUCGCACGCCGCAUCAACACCACAGCCAUCGGCGUUCAGCUCACUAUCCCUAGGCCAAGCACAACAACAACAGCAGCAGCAGCAGCAGCAACAGCUCCAGAACCGGACAAGUUCCUUCUCGCUCCCCCCACCGCCCGGCGCGGGUGCUAUGGGCUCGUCGGCGGGGCUAUCAGGCUUCAGCCUUGCGCCGCCUCCUAGCGGGCCUGGCGCCGGGAUAAGAAAUAAUAGCGGCCUAAACGGCCUGAGCAGCGGUAGUUUGGCCCAGUCAAGUAUCAGUACUAGGAUAGGCUCGCCGCUCGGGAUGGGCACAGGCACAGGCACAGGCACGGGCAUGGGCAUGGGCAAUGGCGCAAGUAUGAACAGCAUGAUGAGUAUGAGCAUGAACAGCAUGAGUGGCAUGGGUGGUCAGCACGCGCAGAAGAGUCAAGGUCAGGGCCAAGGCCAAAAGUCGGGUCUGGACAAGUACGAGAGUUUAUUGUAACUCUCAUGUCUUGUUGCUUGCUUGAUGGGUUCAUAGAACGAUGAAAACUGGACGGGGUCUGGUUACUGCUGGGGUUGAACGUAUGUACAUGGUAACAUGGGUAAGAAAACUGCUGGUGGGGACGGAUAUCUUCAUACAUAGUCAUAGCAGGGCAUGAACGGGGUUCGGCUGGCUGCGAUGGCGUAGGAGCGAGCGAGUUUAUUGAAAUCUAGCGAUCGUGUCUCUCUGUCUGUUCCAGCGCAUGGGGGUUCGCAAAUGCAGAAUUCACGGUUUGCGAAUCAUGCGUAGGUGCUCCGUCCCGUGUCGGGUGAUAGUGCCUUCAGUCAAACGAUACUCAAUGGG